GACCUGCCCACCGAGGUCAUCCAGCUGAUCCUGCGCUGGGUGGUGUCGGCUGACCUGGACAUGCGAUCGCUGGACAGGCUGUCACUCGUGUGCCGCGGCCUCUAUCGGCUCUGCCGGGACCCAGCCCUCUGGAAGCGCAUCUGCCGCAGGGUGCUGGGCGCCGGCUGCGCCGAGGCCGGCCUGCAGACACCGUGGCGCGAGCUGUACUUGUCGCGGCCGCACCUGCACUUCCCCGGCUGCUACGUCGGGCGCGCCUCCUACAUCCGCAGCGGCGAGAACAACGGCUACCAGGACUCGAGCUACCGGCCCUGGCACAUCGUGCACUACCAGCGCUACCUGCGCUUCUUCCCGGACGGCGUGGUGCUGAUGCUGACGUCUGCUGACGAGCCGGUGCUGUCCAUGCCGCAGCUGAUCAGGCGGCCGCCGCGCUCCGGGCCGACCAUCAGCGGAAACUUCUGGAUCAAGGGCGACCUGCUGGUGGCGGUGCUGAUGUUGCCGCGCGACAACGGCCGGCGCAAGGCGACGCGCGCCAGGCGACGCGAGAACCUGCAGUACGACCCCGGCGAGUCGAUGAUGCACAUGGAGCUGAAGAUGCUACCCUUCCGGCUGAAGUGGCAGUCGUACCGGAUCAUCACGCGCUACACCAACGGCCGGGAGACGAUCAACACCAUGGACCUGGGUGACCAGUUCCCGCCGCUGGUGUUCUGUCCGGUGCGCAGUUACGCGGCCGUCAGCGAGGCGCCGCUCUGCUAGAGCAGCGCGCCGGCCAGCGGGGCGGGACCGACCCGCGGCAGCGAGGCGACGGGGACAGCCCCGCCAGGGGACCUGCUGGUGGGCGAGCGUUCGGCGGCGCGUUCCCCGGCGUGGAGCUCGCGGAGCGCGGCGCGCUGCUCCGUCUCUGAAGCGCUA